GCACUUGGGUGCAGGAGGUGGCUGCCACCCUCUUGCUGGGCUCCAGUUUGCUUGUUGCCACCUUCUGCUCUUCCACAGUCUUUGGUUCAGCAGGGCUGCAGCGUGUGCCAGAGCCUACCAGUGACCUGAGGGGGUGUGAAUCUAGUGCAGAGAGACUUUUUUAUUCUUAAUUUUCUUCUUUUUUUUAAACCACUCUAACCUCAGGUUUUGCCUGCUUGCCCAAGCAAUGAAAUACACAUUGAGUAGCUUGUGGGUUUUCUUCUCAUGAAUUACACCAGAAUCUCUUGUCUGUUUUGGUUAUAAAAUGACUGUUAGGAGUGCCAGGUUACAAGAAAGAGGAUAAACAUUUUGACUUGUGAAGUUACCAGAAGAAACAAUACCUGCUUUCAGCCCUUCUGCAGUGGAAGCAACAUGAAGCUGAGAUGCCUGAUACCACCAUCAUUCAUCUCCCCUUUGUCUGUGAGAGAAGAAUUCCAGAGAAAGCCAGUUUGUCAGAGCAGACAGCCCAUUGCACCUGAGCAGUGCACGAGCUCUCUGCAGGGUGUCUGCAGGACAGUUUGCUCUGCUGUUAAAGGCAGGCAGAAGAGCUCAGCAGUGACCUGGUGGCUGGGAGGACUCUGUGGAGAGGCCAGCAUGGUCAUCUGCAGCUUUUGAGUGAGAGGAGAUGAUCUGAGCUCAGCAACACCACUUCCCAUCUCAGCAGCCCAAGCACAGAUCUCUGGACAAGACUUCACCAGACUCAGCAUUGCUGGGUUGUAGCUUUAGCUCUCACCACUUGAACUAAAGCUCAGGAACCUCCUGAGGUGAGAGAUGGUUUAAGCCUUUUAUCCCAUUUGGAAACCCCUGCACUCCAGCAGAAAUCAUGGCAGAAAUUCCCUGGACUGAAGGAGAAUCUAGCGAGACAGUUGCCAACACCAGUUCAGAACUCACUUUGGAAGCAGACUUCCAGUAUUCCUUGUUUACUGUCAUCUACAGCAUUGUCUUUGUGCUGGGGCUGACAGAAAAUGUCCUGGCUCUGUACCUCCUGUCUUGCAGAGUAAAGCACACUUCUCACUCCUACAUCUACCUGAUUAAUCUGGCUCUGGUGGACACCUUGUUUGUUUGUGUGUUGCCUUUUAAAAUCCAUUACCACCUGAAUGGGAACAAUUGGAUCUUUGGGGAUGUGGCUUGUAGGAUAACUGGGACCCUGUACUAUGUCAACAUCUACCUCAGCAUUGCCAUCUUCACCUGCAUCUGUGUGGAUCGCUACCUUGCUGUGCUGCACCCCUUCAGCUACAUCCAGAUCAGAGGCAGCCAUUACCUGCUGGUGGUCACCGUCCUUUGGGUGGUUGCUGUAAGUGUCAUGAUUCCACUCAUCCUUGGAGGUCCCCUCCACAACAGAGGGGUGAGGAACACAACAGCCUGUUUUGAGAACUUUGCUACGAGCAGCUGGACCUCCCGCAUGGCGCCUUACAACGUCCUGGCCUUAGUCUUUGGGUUUGUCAUCCCCUUUUCCAUCAUUCUCAUUCUCUACCCUCUCAUUACCAAGAGGAUCUCCCAGAUCAAACGCAGCAUUCGCAAGAGGAAGGCCCUGAGCACCAUCUACACCAUCCUGCUCAUUUGUACCUUGUGCUUCCUCCCCUAUCAUCUCACCCACUUGCUCCACUUCUUAAUGAGAAUCCAGGUCAUCCAGAACCCAGCACUGACCACCUGGAUCUACAAACUGCGCAGGGUCACCUUGGCUCUCGUGAGCUUCAACUGCUGCCUCAACCCCCUCUUGUACUACUUCUCCUCCUCCAGCAAGCUGUGGCACUGCAACUGCAAGCUCAGGUUCAGGACUAAAGUGGUGUACACCAUCUGUGACCAGAAACUGGGGGAGCUCUCCUAUGUUUACCAACUGCAUCAGACACAUGGAAAUAAAAACCACAGAGAUGGAAUCAACUCAUCUACUUAAAAAACCACAGCUCCUGAGAACUGCUGCCUUUUACACCCUGUGAGACAUGAGACUUUGGAAAGAAUGUAUCAUUUGUGGGUUAGUAGAGUCCCCAGAAAACCACGGGCCUGGCUGACGGAUGUGCUGAAAAGCCAACAGUUGAACUUAAAGAGGAUGUGAUUUUGGUCACAGAUCUAGAGCCUCACUCUUCUGUUCCUUCCCACGCCUCCACCCCUAAGCUUUAGGAAGCUGGUGGGCCUGCAGGCACUGCCCAGCAGAGGGAAGUGGGCAGGGGCUGUUGAGCAGCACCCCGGGGACAGUGUGUUCCAUCAGGAUUCCCAUUUCCAGAGGUGCAGACUGCAGGGUAACACUGAGCUCUGACCUGGCACCCACAGCAGGGGGUUGGGGUCCCAUGCUGUGCUGCACCAUUGGACUUGGAACAAGAACUGCCACAGACCUGGGGGUGGCAGGGUGGUGGGAGAGCAGUGAUGGUAUCUCUCUGUAGGAGGUGUGACUUCUCUCUGCACAGCAGUGGACAAUGCAGCUUCUGCCACAGCCCCCUUGCCAAUGGGGACAGGAGGAAGGAGUUUGGGAAGUAAGAAGUCUGGGGGUCUUGGUUUGUGGAAAAAGAAAUUCACAUGAUGGUGGCAAGCAGGGGGUCUUGAGUUUGAGAGGCUGUAUUGAUCAGUUAGAGCACAUCAAUAAACCACUGCAGGAGCUGAGCUGUGUGCAGGAAGCAAACCAAGGGCAGAGCUGAAAUGACUAACAAAGCUGGAGCUUUGCAGUAGGUGGCGUUGGGGAGUAGGGCCUGACAUAAAUUAUUUCACAUGCAGAUUGAAUCAUGUUCAACAGACACCUCUUACUAACGGUGGGUCAGUCACCAACCUCUCCAGUUCUUUCACUAUGAGCUUGGAGGAAAGUUUUUAAUAUGGGUGAGAAAAGCUGCUCAAACUUUUCUAAAAUAUUUAAAAUAAUUCCUGUGUUCCUCUGCUUGACUGGGCUUGGCAAG